AUGGAGAUCCCUGCACAAAAGACCGUGCGGAAAAGAGCACGUGUGAAGAAGAUGGAGGCACAGAUGCGCGGCGUCGGAGGAAGUGGACAGCAACAAAACGGCGACUUUUCUCGAAGAUUUCGUCUUGCCAAACCGUCAAAUGCUUCUUUUAGUGUAAUAUUUUAUAAUCCAUGAGUCUUUUUUGUUCAAAAAAGCUGUCCCAAUUUGAACAGAACCAUUCGAACUCUCAAUAACUUCCGGCGGCACGGUCAAACGAUAAACUUGUCAGAAAAGCUGUAAUUACUGUCACUCACGCUUCCAAGUAUCCUGUCCACUGUCAAAGGUACCACACCUUGAAUAGAAAAUCUUCCUUCUGACAUUCUCACUCGAAGUUCACCUUUUCAUCAAAGGAGAAGCGGCGCCUAGGUCAGGUAGGAGCGUCACACCUGUCGCAGAAGUUUCACGCCUGUUUGUCACAUUUUCAGUUUUGGAGCCCUACCUGAGGGGCGUGACUUGCUCCGACUGGUAUAAAUGUACGGUUCCUCCAUCACAUCCCAUUACUCGCGUUAACGACCUAUUCGUCACCUUCUUUUUCUUCCUCUCGGACCCUUUAUUUCUUAUUUCUUUCCCAAAAUGUCUCAAACGUGCUCCUCUACUUGUAUUUCAGAUAUUUUUAUGUUUUUUCUCAUGUGAUUAUCAUAAGCAAGCCUUUUUUGAACAUACAUUUUUUCGAAUGGGAUCAAAAAAUGAGCAACCUUGGUUUUUCCAAUUAAAAUGUUUCCAAAUGUCACUUAUCUUUUUUGAAAAAUCUCUCAAGAUUUAUUUUUGUGUGAAUCAAAACCUUCUCGUUCCGCUUUUCCGAGUUUUUCGUCCUGUCUUUUGAUAUAUCUUCUUUCUCAGCCUUGUUUGAAAAAAGAAAGGGAAUGUUUCAGAAUGGCUCGCCUGACCUUUUUGACGCUGCUCGCAGUCAUCGUCGCGUCAUCGGUGGCCCUCGAAAACCAAAACAUUUUGCGAUAUGAGAACCUCGAAACGUUAGUUUUCAUCUUCUUUCAAAUCUUACGUUUCCAAAGUUUCCUUGGCAAGGAAAAAAACUUGAGUAUUUCAGGACAACUUCGCCUUUUCGCCGGGCGCUCUUCGACUUGCAGAAUCUCUACAAUGGCACGGUAAGUAGCCUUCUUCAGCUUCAAGCUUCAACUUGAACAUAAUUAGAUUCAUGUAUUGUGAAUUACAGAUCAUUCUUCCUAAAAAGGAGCUCGAACAAGACUACUUCCACUUCAGACAGCGCGGAAAAGGGAACUCAGACCCAGAGGUUCACAACUUUAUCAAGAAGUUAAAAAAUGCUUGUUUUGCAGAUCAAGUAUUCAAUCUUGCUGAAAGACAUGGAAAAAGUGCAUCGGGAGUACAGAGGGCUGUUGGACGAGGCCAAGGAUCACGUGACGCGGCUGGUGAAGCUCCACGAAGCCCUUCUGGACAGCGACGACCUCUUCGACUACUUCGAGAAGCAGCAAUAUCAGCAGAGCGAGCGCAAGGUUCGUUUUCUAGGGUAAAAAAAGCGUUUUGUUCUCUCUAAUGGGAAAAUAUAGUGCAAUCUACCACAUAGGAGCAAAAUUUACCCACAAGAAGUCAGAUAAUCUUGCAAAAAAUGAAGAGUUUUUGACCUUUUUUCAAAUUUCAAACUCCUUUUUUGAAACCUUCCUAUUAGAAUUCGAGGCAACCUGAGCUGAUACCGCUUUGGCGAUUUAUAUGACCAAAAAAAUCAAGAUGUGGAUUUUUAUUAUCGAGCUCUUUUUCUCAAAAAGUAUCGAAUACUGAAAUUUUUCAAAAAAAUCGGGGAAAUUUGCAGUCGCGACGAGACGAGGAACUUUUUGGCUUUGCCGUCCUCCGUCUGAACGAGCAUCAGCUGGUGCUCAGUCCCGAGAUGUUCGCCAUCGGAGCCGUUCUUGUGGCCGUUGGAAUAAGCUUCUCCUUGCUCAUGCUGGUCUACGUCAUCCUGGUGCUGCUCAUCCGGAUCGCCAUCCACAUCUGCCGCUUCUGCUGCUGCAAGGGCCGUCGUCAGACUUUCGAUGUCCAAAGAAGUUUCCGCAAGGACGUCGCCGUUCACGUGUGAAGCUGUAACUUCUUUUGUCUGUAUUAUCUGUUCUGGCAUGAGCCGCUCAUUAAGUUGUUCUUUAUUUAUCAGUACAUUUUGUUAUGUCAUUUUCUCAUAUCUGAUCGUGUUAUUAUAUUUUAACGGUGACUUGAAUAAAUUUAAAACCGUAUUUUCUAGACUCCAAAAAUUCUGAACGACGAACAAAAAGUACAUAAAAGUUCGAUAAAGGUGAUAAAAAUGUCUUUUUGCCCUGCUUUACACGUUUGCCAGUGGGAUACGGUCCCACGUUUGACGACUUCAAGGCUGAGAGAUCGAGCCAGUGUUGGCUUUUGGCCUGGAUGUGGCUGCACGUCCUUGUGAUCGGGACUUUUCUGGCCCAAGUACCGCCCGUCAAAGCCCUCUGCUCCACGUGCUGUGGCAAAACGCACGACCUGUCCAGUAAGAUUUUUUUUUAUUAUUAUCCUAGAGAGGAUUUAGAUCGAAAACUGUAAGAUUGGAGUUUUUUGAGAUCUUUACAGAAUGCACAUUGCCAACAAGCGGCAUUGUUCUUACAACCUGUGGCUCAGCAAAACUCGAGUUGAAAUCCGCCUUGUGCAGUACAUCAACAGUCAAGCCUUGCGGUUGCCUUAGCAAGUCAACAUUCAAAAUUUCGGAAUGUUGAAGAAAGUUCCUGGGGCGAAUGGACAAAGUUCACAGAAUGCACGAAGGACUGCGGCAUGUGCGGGACCAAAUACAGAAAUCGAACUUGUUCUUUUGACAAAGGCUGUCCUUGUCUGUGAGUAAUGUCUCAAAAAGUUCACCCUUCAAAUUUGUAAUCCAAGUGGUUCCGACUCGAAAACUCUGGUGUGCAAUCCGAAUGCUUGCGAUGGAACAGGGCCGAAAUGUUGUGGCAAAUACAUUUACGACGAAGAUUCGGAUUCAUGUGUUGAUCCCGGAACACAGCCCACUUCUACCACGCCCUGUCGUGAGUCAACUCAUGCAAUAAAACAAUUCAAGUUCUUUUUGAGCUGUUUAUACAAAACUUUUCGUUAUAAAAGAGUCCGAAAAAUUGUAAGAAAGUCGGCCGAGCGAAUUUGGAAAAGUUUGGCGCAGACUUUUUUUGCGCCCUUUGGGUUGUUUGGGCUAUUAAUUUUUGACAAGUCUAUGAUGUAAUGUAUGUGAUGUCAUGUAUGUGAAAAAUAAGUAGAGAUGAAUUAUCAAAUUAUAAAUAAAUAGAAAUACUUGAAGAAAAUGACAAAGUUUUUUUACUUUAAAAAAAUUCGUAAGCUUUAAAUCCAGUUAUAGAUAAAUCUCUACGAGUAUACUACCUCUUUUUUGAUAGAAAAAUGUUACAGCAAGCGUCUGGAGCGAGUGGUCGGCUGUAACGGUUUGCACGAAGAAUUGUGGGAUGUGUGGUACAAAAUACAGUAACAGGACGUGCGUCAGCGCAGCUUCUGGGUGUCCUUGCACGUUCGUUGUUUAUAAAAAUCACUUAGGAGAAUUCUUCCGUUCCAAAAUCAAAGAUUCAUUGUUUACUUUUUUUUUAAACGUUCCCAAACGGUGUGAGACGACGUCAAAAAUUUUUGGCGCGAAAAUUAAAAUCUCAAAUACGCAAAAAAAAAGUUAUGAACGUUGAAUACUCAGUGUAAUUUGUGAAGUAAUUUUAUCCGGAGCGCGCACUUGCUUCUUUUUGUGAAUUAACAAAACUUUGACGCCUUGCUAACCUUUCCUCAUCCCAUCAAGAAGUAUGACGAGUUCUGAGUUUUUUUAUGCUAACAAAGAUGGUAGUUUUAAUUAUUGGCUAGCAAUUCACUUGGAUUUGGCGUACCAUUUUCGAGGUAAAGGUCAGAAAAGUUCAGUAUGCAAAGUAUGCCUUGUAAAGUUUUCUAAAAAAAAAAAGGGAACCAAAUGCGAAUUAAAUGUUCAGGGGCACUUCUUCUCGUGUCUUCUCGUGUAAUCCACAACCAUGUACCGGGUCUCGUCCUUGCUGCGAUCCUUUUGUUUACGACGACGAUUCUGAUUCCUGUGUAGCCGGGCCGACGACUCUUCCACCGACCACCGCAUCUGUGCCGACGACGUCUGCAUCAGGCCAAGGAACUUCGUCUACAACGCCUCAACCAACUGCUUCAACUCUAUGUGGUACUGCUCACCAAAGAAAAUUCUAGAAACGAUCCAAAGCUACAGUAGGAAGUUGGGCCGAGUGGUCGGACUUCUCAACUUGCACAGACACCUGCGGAAUGUGCGGUUCCCAGUAUAGGAACAGAACUUGCGGUCCUGGAUCCUGCGUCUGCGAGUUCGUUUGUUUAUUUUCUUUUUCUAUUUCUUUCGAAACGAACGAAUGACUUCCGAUUAUAUUUCAAACGGUAUUCAGAGGGUUUUCGUCCUUCAACUAUGAAUGUCCGUCGAAAAAGUGCCCGGAGCCUGAGCAGCCAUGCUGUUUCCCGUUCAUUCUGGACCCAGCCUCGGACGCUUGUGUUAUGGGACCGACAACACUUGAACCGAGUCCGACUACCGGGAAAUCCCCAUCCACAACGCCUCUAUCAGGGCAAGGAACUGCGUCUACAACACCUCAACCAACUGCUUCCACUCCAUGCGGUACCGCUCGCCAGAAAUGUCUUGAAACACUUUAAAGCUACAGUAGGAAGUUGGACCGAGUGGUCGGACUUCUCAACUUGCACAGACACCUGCGGAAUGUGCGGCUCUCAGUACAGGAACCGAACUUGCGGUCCUGGAUCCUGCGUCUGCGAGUUCGUUUCUUUCUUUUUUUUUUUGUUACUUUCUGGUUAAUAGGUUGUGCUCCGCUCAUUAUUGGCCUCAGAGAAAAAAAAAAUGCCAUUUUUUAAACACUCAAAACCAUUGCAAAGAUUGGUUUUGAACUAUUCUGUAGUGUCUUAUUAAAAACUAUCAAGAAUUACGCACCACCCUAACAAUAAGACAACAGUUUUCCGGUUUCUCUCCAAGCGAAUGCCUUCCGAACUGAUUUUAAACUGUGUUCAGAGGAUUUUCGUCCUUCAACUAUGAAUGUCCGUCGAAAAAGUGCCCGGAGCCUGACCAGCCAUGCUGUUUCCCGUUCAUUCUGGACCCAGCCUCGGACGCUUGUGUUAUGGGACCGACAACACUCGAACCAGGAGCGACAACGGGGGAACCCUUCUCCACAACGCCUUCAACAGGCCAAGGAACUGGCUCAACACCUUCUCAAUCAACUGCUUCAACUGCAUGCGGUACCGUACUCCAAAGAAAUUUCUAGACACCAUCUAAAUCUACAGUUGGAAGUUGGGCCGAGUGGUCGGACUUCUCCACUUGCACAGACACCUGCGGAAUGUGCGGCUCCCAGUACAGGAACAGAACUUGCGGUCCGGGAUCCUGCGUCUGCGAGUUUGUUUUUUUUUCUCUCCGACAUUCUGGUUGAUAGGUUGCGCUCCGCUCAUUAUUGGCUUGAGAAAAAAAAAUGCCACUUUUAAAACACUCAAAGCCCUUGCAAAUGUUCGUUUUGAACUAUUUUUUACAGACCAACUUCACAAUAAGACAAUAGUUUUCAAUUUCUCUCAAAACGAAAGUAUUUAAAAUGGAUUUCAAACUGUAUUCAGAGGGUUUUCGUCCUUCAACUAUGAAUGUCCGUCGAAAAAGUGCCCGGAGCCUGAGCAGCCAUGCUGUUUCCCGUUCAUUCUGGACCCAGCCUCGGACGCUUGUGUUAUGGGACCGACAACAAUUGAACCGAGUCCGACUACCGGAAAAUCCCCGUCCACAACGCCUUCAUCAGGCCAAGGAACUGGUUCUCAAAAAACAACAGAAGCUGCAUCAACGACUCCUCCAGCAGUUUCGGGAUCUGGCUCGACACCGUCUCAACCGACAUCCCCAACUGAAUGCGGUACAUCAAAACGAUUUGUCUUGUAACGUAAAAUACAGUAGGAGAGUGGGGCGAAUGGACAGAUGUUUCGGCUUGCACGGACGGUUGCGGAAUGUGCGGCUCGCAGUACAGAAACAGAACUUGCGGCCCCGACUCAUGCUUCUGCGAGUUUGUUUUUUAUUUUGUUGUAACGUUUAGGUUAGUGUGAGAAUUAAAAAAUUCACAUUCAAGGUUUCGAAACGGAUUUUUGAUUUUUGUACAGAGGUUGGUCGUCUUUCAAUUACGAAUGUCCGCCGAAAAAGUGCCAGGAUCCUGACCAACCAUGCUGUUUUCCGUACAUUCUGGACCCAGACUCGGACACUUGUGUCAUGGGACCGACAACACUCGGACCGAGAACGACAACUGGAGAAUGCGGUAUCGAAAUUGUUCAAUUUUAAACGACUUAUGGCGGCAUAUAGACCAUAUAGACGAUAUAGUCCAUACAUAAUUCUUAUACUUUCUUAUAUUUCCCAUAAUAUCCCACUGUUAGGCUGACAAUUCAUUACAGAAAUGAAAAGAGAUACUUUUAAAGGUUUCUCAACGCGCUUGGUAACUGUAACGCUUCAUGGUUCAACUUAAAAUAAUGGCCGAAGAAAGUAUUGGUUCCUUUUCGAGCUUUGUUCCAGUACUGUACUGAGGCUGAAGACCUGAUGCAAUGGAAACUAAAAUUUCAAAUCUACUUUCCUCCGAACGUAACUUAUUUUGUACAACUAGAGUAUAGCAUUGGAACAACGAUAUGUUUUAAAAAUGGAACCAUAAUUUAAAUUCAUUCCUACGAGCCUAUGCAGGAAGAGUACUCCAUAUUUUCAGUGAGUUCUUGGGGGGAAUGGAGUGCCACAACGUGCACGAACCCUUGUGGAAUGUGCGGAGUCCAGAACAAAACGAGGAGUUGUCUUCGAGACAAACGAGGCUGUCCUUGCAAGUUGGUCAGAGUCUAUUUCAGAAGAGGAUGACGUCAUUCAGAGGUGACGACAAGCGCACGGUCGUGUGCACCCCCAUCCCUUGUCCCGACGAUCAGGAGCCUUGUUGCGCACCCCACAUCUACGACCUCAGUUCGGACACGUGCAUUCUGCCACCGUCGACGACAGCGAAGCCGCCAUCGACGACGCCGCCUUGUGGUUGUUCAGGGUCGGCGUUUAGACGACUUAGUCUGGGACUUUCAGCAUUCAAGUGGAAUGAAUGGUCGGCGUUUUCCAAGUGCACGGAUACUUGCGGUCUGUGCGGAUCUCAGUACAGAAACAGAACCUGCGCCACUGAACCUCAGUGUCCUUGCGAGUAAGAAAUCUUGACGAUUUGAAAGUUAUUUGAGUGGAAGGCUAGGUAUUCUUAAAAGUCAAAUACGAAGACUUUUGUUUACGAAUUAAGCUUGAAAAACCAAAAAAGAUUUAUUCGGAAUUCCAGAGGCUUCGAGUCGUUCAACUACCCUUGUGGACAGGCGGCCUGUCCCGGCGACACGCCCUGCUGCGACGACUUCGUCUACGACAUCGAGACCGACUCUUGUCGCCCAAGCGACGACCGCGCUACCACUAUCGGGAUGGUCACUUGCGGUUUUCUCAUAAUUUCCUUCCCAGUUGUUAGUUUGCUUGUUUCAGAAAGCCAAUGGAGCGAUUGGAGCGCUCUUUCCGCCUGCACAGCAACUUGUGGAAUGUGCGGAAAAAUGAAGAAAACUCGAACUUGUCUUUCGGAAAGCAACGGAUGUCCUUGCGCGUUAGUUGUUUAGGGAAAUCAACAGGGCAUCAAAAUUUAAAAUAUGAAGGGAGCUUUUUGUUCAUUGUAAAAAUCAAGAGAAAAUUUUUAAAUACAGAACAGUAGUUCUACCUUAGGGGAAAUCUUCAGAGGAGAGAGCACCUGGUCGUACUCUUGCAACGAGGUCGCUUGUCCUGGAACGACGCCGUGUUGCUCUCCUGCAGUCCUCAACGCCACCACCAAUUCCUGUGACCUCAGCCAACCUGAUCCUCCCAACUUCUUCUCUACUACGCCAUCUUGCGGUAGAACAUUUUCAAAACCGUUCUGGAAAAAAAUACGAUUUCAAACACAAGAAAAGCUUUUUCGAAAGGACACCGUAAGAAUCAUAUUUUUCUAAGGUAGUAUUUUCUCUUUUUUUCUUUGAGUAUUUGCCGGCAAAUGGAGUUUUAAAAAUUAUUUAGAAUUGGAACAGAAACAAAGCUUUUUUCUAUGGUAUGAACAACAUUUUGUCGUGGAAAUGGUAGAAUAUUUUGCAGAAAGCUCCUGGAGCGAGUGGUCUGCCGCUUCGGCAUGCACGGCCUCCUGCGGAAUGUGUGGAACUCACUAUCAGAACCGAACUUGUACUUCUGCGGCCGCCGGAUGUCCUUGCCCGUUAGCGUUCCAUUAAAAAACCUUUUCAAAGAAAGAAUUUAGUGGAGAUCCAUCGAAAAGCUAUGUUUGCGGAGCAGCUCCUUGUACUGGAACCGAGAAAAUUUGCUGCGAGCCCUACGUCGUCUGCAACUUCACGCAAAGAUGUAUUUUGCCAACUACAGGCCCUCCUUCGACGACGCCUUGUCGUGAGCUUCCAAUUUUAUGAUUUCAGAGUUUCGAAGUCUUUUCAGAAACUUUUACACCGUAAAUUAGUUUUAAACUUGUGAAGAAUAACGAUUUCCGCGUUUUGAGAGUCUCAGAACUUAGAUCUACCAAAUUAAAAUUUUUUAAAAAUAGACCUCAACUAAGUGAUUUUUCAAAAAAGACUUACAGCGGGACUUUGGAGCCAAUGGACCAAGUACUCUUCGUGCACGGAAGACUGUGGAAUGUGUGGAUCGCGCUACCGAAACAGAACCUGCACCACAACAGUCGUUGGCUGCGCCUGCUAGUGAGGCCCUUCUUUCCUAUUAGGCUGUACAAUUUCUGAAUUCCAGCGGUCUCAGCGCGGAUGUCGUCGCGUGUGCCGCAACUCCGUGCGGCCCUCAAAAUCGCUGCUGUCCUCCCUACGAAUACGACGGCGAGACUCAAACUUGCUCGAUGCCAAAAUCAGAUAAAAGUCUAGUAUUUAGAGGUGUGGCUUUCUUACAGUUUAAGAAAGUUCUUUCAAAUCACUAAAGGCGGUUUCAACGGACAACUUCUGACUGAAGUUAUGAUCACUAGAUGUAACUUCACUAUUUCCGCUCAAAAAUCGAAGAUCUUCGAUUAAAACUUUGAGUAGAUAAAUUCAAAUUUCUGACCCGGCUAUUUUUUGUCGAAGAGAAGAGUUUUCGCGAUCAUUGAAAUCAAUUUUUCUGCCCAAAAAAGAACUCUUGACCCCAAUUAUGAUUUUUCUAAUGGUUUCCGAUCAAAACUUUUCUCGAAAAUCUACGUUUAUUGCUGAAAUAAUGGCAUUUUUUUACAAUUUUUUUAAAGUAUGCUCAUCUAAAUCGCAAACCUUAACUUUUUUCUUUCUUUGUAUUUCUAAAGUUUAUUUUGCAGCCCCGCUGAUAUUGAGAAAAACUUUUGUCAGCCGUUAUGAGAAGUCCGCCGAUCCGCUACCUAGCUUCCUGGAUGUCGUGAGAACGUGAAGGAUUUCUAUUUUCUCUCAUUUUUCGUGUUUUUGUCAUAAAGUGUUGGUUGAAUAAAAUUAUUUUUCAUUUCUUCCCCUCCAACAGAAAAAAAGCGAAUCGGCAUGGAAAAAUAAGGAGAAAGUCUACAGAAAAAUGAGAACAAUUUUCAUUUUCUAAGGAUAAGAAAUUUUUUUAUGUGUUUCUUUUUGUUAAUAUAAAAACAAGUAUUUGGAAUAUCCGUAUUGAAUAUUUCUUGUAUAAAUUGAAAACGAACGCUAGAAAAAUUCAAUUUUUCUCAUCAUUUCGAAGAUUUAUCAUUCUGAGAAAUAUGGCCGAAAUAUGAUGUCCAAGACCUUCGAAUUAAUUUGAACGCUGGAAAUUUUUUUGUGAUAUUUUUUUGGUUUUCCUCGAAUGUUCUUCACAUUAGAAAAGUUACGAAAAAAAAUCGAAAGACUUCGAAAAUGAAUUUUAAUUAUUUCAACUAAUAAUUCAGUAUUUUAGUGAGGAAAAGUCGUGUCAAAGUCAGUGUCUUCAAAAAGAUGAAGCUUCUUUUUUAAGUAUCAAAGAUUCACGGUAGGCCUACCAUGAUUCAUCAAAGCCUUUCCAAUUAUCUGAUGUCUAAAUGAACAGAAUAAAUUCAACUUUUACGAACGAAAGAAAAAGCUCAACAUGAAACACAAAAAAAGUCCCCCUUUCACACGUUCGGACAACUACAUUCCACCUAAAAAGAAUCGAAGUUCUCAGAGUUUACGACUGUAAACAUUUGGAACUUGGAGAGGACUUUUCCAUUGUUCCUCUUGCGGCGGAUGUGGUUCAGCGUUUUUUCAGUGCUUUUACUUGCGGCGCCGCCUUUGGUACAAUCAAACUGCUACGGUUGCUGCGGACCUGACCUCGACCUAACAUGUUUAUUUCAUUCAUCUUGAACAAGUUCGACCUUUUUUCAGGUUGCGGAAUGCCCAAGACCGAAGGCGAGAAGGUCAGCUGCAAUUCGGCGAUCAUCGAGUUUUAUUCUCCGACAACCGAUCUUGAUGAAUGCACUUCUACACCGUUGUUCAGCUCCACAUUGUCUCUCAGCACGUCUCUCUUUCCGAUCACGACUUCGAGUUGGCUCGAACCCAAUGACACGACAAUCUCCUCCUUGUCAACUGUUGGAGACACUUUCUCGUCGACUACUCCGACCGCGACCGUAGGGACGACUUCGGAGAAUGAAGGAAGCACCGUCUCCAACGGCGUCUCAAUCGACCCGGCUCUAACGACUCCAGAUGGGUCUGGAAGUACGGGAACGACACCUUCUGGCGGGAUUUCCGACGGAACAACUCCAAAUCAAGGACAAACCAAAGGUCAUACUAAAGGAACUGAUCCAAAAGACGGUAGAACUACUUUAGAUGCUGGAGCCAGCACAACCGAUGAUGGGUCUGGAAGUACGAGAACGACACUUUCUGGAGCGAAUUCCGACGGAACUACGCCGAAUCAAGGACAAACCGAUAAUACUGGAGCAACGGAUCCUAACUCUGGAAGCACGGCUUCUAUCGACUUCACGGAAGGUUCCACUCUAACAACCCCAGCUGGUGGCAGCACGACGGAGGACAAUAAAGCGGAAGAAACUGACUUUGUCACUGAUGCAACUCCUCCCGGGCCGGCCAGUACUGAUAUGUUCACCGUUGCGCCAACUCCUCCGCAAUGUUGUCCUUCUCAAGGUUUUUAUCGAUUUUUCUUGACUUGAAACUGCGGGGUGCGCCAAUUCCUGUCUGCGUGAAAUGCAGCCGCGAUAUUGUUUGGCGCCAAUUUGAAAUUGAAAACGCAUUGGUGAAAUUUUCACGAAUUUAUCUUCAUCUAUUCUAAUAAAAAUUCCAGAGAACCUCUUUAGACGUGAACCAGUGUCCACAUGAAAAGUGAACAGUCUCAAAACGUUUUGAAUUCGCGCCAAAAGUACCGAUUUGUAUAAAAAAAUAUGGUUCUGAUUUCUCUUCUGGAAAAAAAGAUAUCUAUUUCUUAGGAAUUUGGAGCGAAUGGGUGCCGACGGCCCCUUGCAACGACACUUGCGGCAGCUGGGGCUUCAAUCCAGUGGUCAGAACUUGUCUCUCCACUUCUUUCGGAUGUCCGUGCACGUAAGAAGAAAUCCACUAAAGCAGUCACUUGCCUGUUUGACAGAGGUAAAACGUCGCAGCUGAUGCGAUGCAACCAGAAUUACUGUCUGUUCCCCCGUCAGACAUGUUGUGGCGAAUGCACCAAAAGCAUCCUCAAUAAAGUUUUCUUCUGCGAUUUUCCAAAAGAAGUCCCGCUCAAGGAGCCUCCGUGCUGCUUCGGAAGAGGUUCGUGCUUUCAAUCAACGUCUUCUCACAGUUUCAGAGAACAUCUGGAACCAGUGGAGCUUAUACUCGGCGUGCACGGAAUCCUGCGGAAUGUGUGGACUUCAGACAAGGACUCGGACUUGCGCCGCGACGCCUUACGGCUGCGACUGCGUGUAAGUUGAGAUCAGAAAUAAAAUUUGAAUUUUGAAAACCCUGCUAAGGCCAAGUAAAGUCCAUAAGCCUAGGUAUGGUCUUUUAACAAUUUUAGGUUAGUUCAAAGGAGCAUAAAAAGGAGCAUUUUUGAAAAAAUGCGAUUAGUCAUCUUCUUCUCUUCAUCGUCAAAAAACGCUAUUAUGAACACGAGUAUUCAGGAAAUCUUCUUAGAUUUCAGAAUUUGAUGAGACGAAAAGUUACAGAAAAGAAAUUUGGAGAGCAGAUUUUUAAGAUUUUGCCCCCUAAAACAACAAACCCCUAUAGGGGCCCCUCUGAGAUUCCUCAGGGCUGAGAUAGGAAAACGCGACAUUUUAUUUUUCCUUAUAUUUUAUUUAAGAUCGCAUAGAACAUUUUUCAGAUCAAAACAAAUUUUAUUAUUGACUUUAUGGUCAAUUUGAUGUCCCAACGUGAAGGAGUCAAAAAUGUUCAGCUAAGCAGGAAAAUCUUCAAAAAAUGUCAAGUACUUUCCUCAUGAAGAAAUGUUCCAGAGGAUCUUCAACUCAAACGACUCCAUGCGGGUCGGCCCCUUGUCCCGGGUCCAACCCGUGUUGCCCGUCGUUCGUCUUAGACUCCAAGACCAAUACGUGCAAGCCAGCCACGUAA